AUGGUGGUGCGCCGCAGCUAUGCUGGUCUGCUGCGGGGCACUUACUUCGAACCGCGGAAGGUGACGAGACUGGAAGACCUCAGCGAAGCAGAUCAGGAGGCACAAAGCUCGGCAGAGUUGGGCUUGGGUGGAUCUGUCACACCCGAAGCUACUAGCAGAUGCCCUCAGCGCGCCACCAACCCAGCUUGGUGCGUCUUCUAUGGCGUAGGGAUCAUUGGGAGCCUGGUGCUCUAUGGAAUUUUUCAGGAAGGCAUCAUGACGGUCCCGUAUGAUGGAUCUCUCUUCACCUUCUCAGUCUUCCUAGUUCUCUGCAAUCGCCUCGCUGCAGUCCUCUUUGCCGUGAUCAUGGCGCAAGUGAAAGGCGAGUCCAUGGGCAAUCAGGCACCCAUCUGGAAGUACCUGAUCGUUUCCUUGUCCAACGUCUACGCCAGUAGCUGCCAGUACGAGGCUUUGAAAUAUGUCUCCUUUGCCGUGCAGAUGUUAGGCAAGAGCUUCAAAAUGAUGCCUGUGAUGAUUUGGGGCAUCAUCAUUUCCGGCAAGUCCUACAGCCUCAGAGAUUGGAUGGUAGCUCUCACCGUGACGGCGGGAUGUACCGAGUUCCUGAUGACAGGACCGACCCAUUCCAAGGUGGACGCCACCAACUCCAUGAAGGGCUUCCUUCUCCUGGGCGGAUUCCUGGCGUUGGAUGGGUUGACCUCCACCUUUCAGGAGAAGCUCUUCAAGGAACAUCAGACCACCAAGUACAACCAGAUGUUGUACAUCAACCUCCUGUCCGCUGCGGUCUCCUUCGUGACACUGCUGGCCACCGGCAACUUCUUGCCAGCCAUCACCUUCAGUAUGGAGCACCCCAAGUUCUUGGCCGACUGCGCCCUUCUGAGUGGGUCGGCAGUGGCGAGCCAGUGGUGUAUCUACUCGCAGAUCAAGGAGUUCGGUGCCCUGGUUUUCGCCGCCACGAUGAACGUCCGGCAGGUGGUCUCCAUCUUGGUGUCCUACGUGAAGUAUCACAACCCAGUGACCGCGCUGCAAAUCUUGGGUCUUCUCCUCAUUUUUGCGGCCUUAUUCUUCAAAUCGAUCGCAGCCAUGUUGGAAGGAAGCAAGUCCGAAAAGAAGCCCUUGAUCAAGGGCAUCAUCGAGGACAAGGUAGAAGGUGUCCCAGCAACAGAUGCCGUGGACAAGAAGGCGAUCGUGAACGACAUCCUUACGGAACGCAUUCGCAAGAUCCAGGGUCUCAACGAGAAGUUUGCCCUGAGAGCGCUCAAAGAGGAACAGCAGGCGCAGGAGGCUUUCCUCUGGGCGAAGGAGGAGGAGGAGCAGCGGCAAAAGCACCGUGAGGAGCGCCUGCGCCGCAGCGCCGAUGCCUUCGAGGUCUUCGCGCGGCGGGCGCAGCGCGAGGCGCGCGAGAAGGACCGCCAGGCGGAGGAGCUGGUAGCGGAGCUGCGGCGGAAGGACCAGCAGGCAGCCGAGGCGGCCAAGUUGGCUGAGGAGAGACGCCUGCAGCUGCAGUCGCGACGCCUGGCGCGGCACCGGCAGCUUCAGAUGGAAGCGGACGCGGCGGCCCGGCAGAGGCGCGCCCAGCUCCGCGCCUCCGCUGAGCAGCGCGCCCUGGCGCUGGACGCGGCGGUCGCCACGGCGCCGCCCAAGCGGCGCCCGGCCACGGCGCCGGCGGGGCGCUUGGACGGUGCAGCGCGGGCGCGGCAGCAAGGUCUUUCUCACUUUGCGGCAAGCUUGGAUUCAGCACAUGGGCACUACUCGGGUUCUUCGCGACCCAAGUCGGCCACAGGUUUGCGACGUGCCUGGUCAGCCCCCGGUACCAGGGCUAGGCCCCGGAGUGCCUGCUGCAUCUCCUGUGGCGCACUGGUGCAGGCUUAG